AUGCCUUCAUUCAAGAGCACCGUCUUUGCCGUCGCUGCGGCUUUCGUAGCCGCCGCCCAGGCCGACUACGUUAUCGAUCCCAAGUCCGUUCCUCUGGCCACAAGAAAGGCCUGGUGCCAAGAUGAGACGAACACUUGCCCUAUCAUCUGCCAACAGGUUGAGCCCAGGACGACUCUGGUCAAUGACUGCGACUACAACUCUCUGACCUACGGCUGCGUGUGCGGCGACGGCAACCAGCCCAACAUGACCGAGUACUCUCUCACCCUGCCCUACCACGUCUGCCAGGAGUACGGCAACCAGUGCGUCACCAAGUGCGGUCUCGGCGCCAACGAGUGCGCCUCCAAGUGCCGCGAGGACAACCCCUGCGGAGCCAGCAACCCAACCCGCGCCAACAGCACUUCCACCGCCUCCGGCACGGCCACCGCGACCUCCUCGUCGACCAGCGGCGCCAUCUUCACCGGCAUGGCCGGCGACGACGGCAGCUCCGGCUCCUCUGGCUCCUCCGGCGCCGCGGCCCUGGGAAUGGGUCGCGAGGCUGGCUUCGCCGUGCUCGUCGGCAGCAUCCUCGGCGGUGUUGCGCUCCUGCUCUAA